CGCCAUGGAGGAGCUGGUGGGGCUGCGAGAGGGCUCCUCGGGGAACCCUGUGACUCUUCAGGAGCUGUGGGGCCCGUGUCCCCGCAUCCGCCGACGCAUCAGAGGCGGCUUGGAGUGGUUGAAGCAGAAGCUGUUCCGUGUGGGUGAGGACUGGUACUUCCUGGCCACCAUCGGGGUGCUCAUGGCCCUGAUCAGCUACACCAUGAAACACCUUCUCGGGGAGACUUGCUCUGGUGCCAUCGUGAGCCCCUGCCCCGCACCAGACACCCAUUGUCUGAGGAGCUUCACACUCUGCCUCACUUCUCACAAUGACCCUGUGAGGGAGGUGCCAUCACUAGCCCAUUUGACAGACAGGAAAACAGAGGCUGUGAGAGGCGGAGUCACUGGCCCAAGGCCCCCAGCUAGGGAGUGGCAAGCCUGGGUCGGGAUCCAGGGUCCUGCUCCUGCUCCUCUGGGGAGAUGCUGCUCCCUGGCGGCCUGGGCCUCCCCUCUCCAGGCCUGUGUCUCCCGGUCAGUAGGGGGCACCCGAGGGCCGCGGAGCCUGUGGGUGCUCCCUGAUUCCUGGCUGUCCCCAGCACACAAGUGGCUGUACCGGGAGAUUGGAGACAGCCACCUGCUCCGGUAUCUCUCCUGGACCGUGUACCCCAUGGCCUUGGUCUCCUUCUCCUCCGGCUUCUCACAGAGCAUCACGCCCUUCUCAGGAGGUUCUGGAAUCCCGGAGCUGAAGACCAUCCUGUCCGGGGUGGUCUUGGAGGACUACCUGGACAUCAAGAACUUCGGGGCCAAGGUGGUGGGCCUCACCUGCACCCUGGCCUCCGGCAGCACCAUCUUCCUGGGCAAAGUGGGCCCCUUCGUGCACCUGAGUGUGAUGAUCGCUGCCUACCUGGGCCGCGUGCGCACCAAGACCAUCGGGGAGUCCGAGAACAAGAGCAAACAAAACGAAAUGCUGGUGGCGGCAGCGGGCGUGGGCGUUGCCACAGUCUUUGCAGCGCCCUUUUCAGGCGUCCUGUUCAGCAUCGAGGUCAUGUCCUCCCACUUCUCCGUCUGGGAUUACUGGAGGGGCUUCUUCGCCGCCACUUGCGGGGCCUUCAUGUUCCGCCUCCUGGCCGUCUUCAACAGCGAGCAGGAGACCAUCACCUCGCUCUUCAAGACCAGCUUCCGGGUGGACGUCCCCUUCGACCUGCCGGAGAUCUUUUUUUUUGUGGCGCUGGGGGCCAUCUGUGGCGUCCUGAGCUGCGCGUACCUCUUCUGCCAGCGAAAUUUCCUCAUCUUCGUCAAGACGAAUCCGCUCACCUCCAAACUACUGGCCACCAGCAAGCCCCUGUACUCCGCCCUGGCCGCCCUGGUUCUCGCCUCCAUCACCUACCCCCCUGGCGUGGGCCGCUUCAUGGCUUCUCGGCUGUCUAUGAAGCAGCACCUGGACACACUGUUUGACAACAACUCAUGGGCACUGAUCACCCGGAACUCGUCCCCGCCCUGGCCUGCCGAGCCCGACCCCCAGAACCUGUGGUUCGAGUGGUACCACCCGCGGUUCACCAUCUUUGGGACCCUUGCCUUCUUCCUGGUUAUGAAGUUCUGGAUGCUGAUCCUGGCCACCACCAUCCCCAUGCCCGCUGGCUACUUUAUGCCCAUAUUCAUCUUCGGAGCUGCCGUUGGGCGCCUCAUAGGGGAGGCCCUCUCUGUCGCCUUCCCUGAGGGCAUCGUGGCCGGAGGGGUCACCAACCCCAUCAUGCCCGGAGGGUAUGCCCUGGCAGGGGCUGCGGCCUUCUCAGGGGCCGUGACCCACACCAUCUCCACGGCGCUGCUGGCCUUCGAGCUGACCGGCCAGAUCGUGCAUGCGCUGCCCGUGCUGAUGGCGGUGCUGGCGGCCAACGCCAUCGCCCAGAGCUGCCAGCCCUCCUUCUAUGACGGCACCAUCAUUGUCAAGAAGCUGCCAUAUCUCCCGUGGAUCCGGGGCCGAAAAAUCAGGAAAUACAAAUUCCUGCCUCAUAAUUCAGCUUUCUCCCUCUCCGCUUGUCCAGAAUCUCAGAUCCUGGUGGGCACCGUGCGAAGGGCCCACUUGCUGCAGGCCCUCCAGGCUGAGCCACCUUCCUGGGCUCCAGGACACCAAGUGCACUAUCUCCAGGACAUCUUGGCUGGGGGCUGCCCCAUGGAGCCAGUGACCCUGCAGCUGUCUCCAGAGACGUCCCUGCACGAGGCACACAACCUCUUCGAGCUGCUGAACCUUCAGUCCCUCUUCGUGACGUCUCGAGGCAGAGCUGUGGGCACCGUGUCUUGGGUGGAGUUGAAGAAAGCCAUUUCCAACGUGACAAACCCACCGGCCCCAAAGUGAGCCAGCCUGGCAAGACGAACGGGGGCACCUAAGUGCCCUGGCGAAGCAGAUGGCGCAGGUAUCCUGCCUCCCUGCCCACCACGGCUUGCCCUCCCCCCAGCCCAGCUCGGCUCCUCAGUGAAACAGGCAGCUCUGACCUUGCACCUCAGAGGGCUCCAUAGUCACCAUGUCCCAUCCUGGGUGGGACAAGUGCCACCUGCCUUGAAGGACAAAUCCCACCGUGGACCGAGCUCAGAAUGCAAGACAGCAGGAAACCUCUUGUCCG